CCUCGCGCCACCCGUUAACUGCGCGCUGACGUCACGGGAGAAACUGCGAUUGUGACGCGGAAAAUGGUUGCCGGUUGGGAACUGUGAACCGGUGGCUUACCACGCGGCGGAGGGAAGCAACAAUGAGUGCCUCAACGCCGCAGUCUGCCGGCUCUAAAGGAAAUGCCUCUUUCGACAGUGUCUUUGUGUCCCCUGGCACUAGGCGGCAGCCUCUUAGUGCCACAGGCACCCCUGUGCUGCAAAACUGCCCUGGGAAUGAUGAUGAGCGAGAGAGGAAGCAGCGUCGGCGCUCCAGAGUGGUUGACUUGCAGUUUAGCACCGAGUCACCUCUGUUUAUAAAGUCCCCGUCCAACAAGCAAGCAGAAACAUCAUUGCCAGCAAUUCCACAAUUGUCAAAUGCCCAAAUUGCAGAUCAUUAUUCCACAUGCAUCAAACUUUCAACAGAAAAUAAAAUCACCACGAAGAAUGUAUUUGGUUUGCACCUUAUCGACUACAUGACAGAAAUACUCAAACAAAAGGACUCUGAGCCCACCAACUUUAAGGUAGCAGCUGGUACCCUGGAUGCCAGUGCAAAGAUCUAUGCAGCAAAAGUUGACGCUGUCCAUGCAGAUGUUUACAGAGUUCUUGGAGGGCUGGGCAAACAUUCUGCAACUGCAGAGCCUGUGGAUGGUCUGAAUACAGGUGGAGGGGUUGUGGAUUCUGAGAGUUCCAAAACACAUCUGAGCAAGAGGAAGCACCAGUACAAAACUAUUGAACGGAAUCUGAAUAAUAUUAAUAUCUCCGACGAAGAUCAUAGGUGUGAGGUUGAUCCCAUGUUCCAGAGAACAGCAGCCUCCUUUGAUGAGUGCAGUACGGCUGGUGUUUUCCUCACUAUGCUUCAUGUACACAGCUUUCUCAGUGAAGUUCUGUUUGAUUCCAUGGUCAUCCCCCUGCCUUCUUCUAUGACUGCUGAGCCGCCAACAUCUUCUCACGUGAAAGUGACAGGCUUUAAGUCCAUCCUUCUGCAGUGUGCUGAAAAGCGCCCCAUUUGCCCUUCAUUGGCUGGCUUCUUAUUUACCCAGUGGGACAGUGAAACCCAUAACGAGUCAGUGACUGCUUUGUUGGAUAAAUUUAAGAAGAGUGACCAGGCAUUUGACAUCAAUGCAGAGACUGAUAGUGACCCUGGAGACUAUUCUGAGGACCCAGCAGAGAACGAUUUUGAUGCUGACAUCCCGGACGAGACGGUUGAGAAGGACCUUGGAGAGUUCUCCAAAAAGGUGGAGUCAUGUAGACUAACACCAGGAAUGUUAAGAAAAGAAGUGGUUCCCCUGGGGGAAGGAGAUGUCAGGUCCAUGUCACUUCAUUUGUCCCUGAAGCCCAGCGAGUAUUCUUACUUCAGCCCCCGAACCAUGUCCAUGUGGGCAGGCCCAGAGCACUGGCGGUUCAAGCCUCACCAUAAAGGUGAUGCCAACCCUGAGAAAGCAAACAAAAGAAAGGCUGCCAAAAAAGUAUUUGAGAUAAACUUUGAAGAUGAGAUUGAUUUUGAGCCUUACUUCUGCAAAACAAGGGCAGCUACUACUCUGUCCAAGUCAACCCUUGAAAGUCAAAACAAGAAAAGCAAAACUCUUCCUGCAGACUUCCACUAUGAUCCAGACAACCUCACCCGCCUCUUUCUUAAGCCAGCCAAUAGGCUGUCAAAGGUGCCACUGCAGGGUGACUCGUCCAGUCACGACAGUGAGGUCGAAGAGUAUGAUUACAACAACCCCAAUGACACCUCCAAUUUCUGUCCUGCAUUGCAGGAUGGUGACAGUGAUGACGACGACAUUCCUGUGGACUUUGUGGGCCAGAAUGGGAUGUUUGAAAUGACAGCCUAUCCUGCAGGAGAGGCAGGGCAGGAGAGAGAGCUCCAUGGAGGCAUCCCUGGGGCCAACAUCACCACCUAUGGGGAAUUGAACCUGGUGGCUGAGCCACAGAAGGUGAACAAGAUUGAUAUUCAGUAUGCAAAGACUGCCAAAAAGAUGGACAUGAAGAGGCUAAAGCAGGGCAUGUGGUUGCUCCUGACUGAUGCCCAGACAAAUGAAACUGAGCAAGAGAAUGAAGUCAUGGAGAAAGAUGCUAACUCUUCAGUCGUAUCUGGUCAGAAGGUCUUCAGCAGCGUUAUCAAGGAUCUAUGUCAUAGACUGCCUUCCACGAUGGCAAAGAACUUGUCUGCACCACUGGCAUUUGCUUGCCUCCUGCAUCUGGCAAAUGAAAAGAACCUGAAGCUAGAAGGUGUGGAAGACUUGUCUGAAGUCUUAGUGCUGCAAGGAGAUUAAUGUGUGCCACUGGGGCAGAAUAAGAAAAUCUUGGUCAACCUAGGAUGGAAUUUAUAUCUAACACACGCGACCAUCAGAGCCUGAGGAGGCCAUCAGCAACAUCAGUACAUGUUCUUGAUUAAACAAUUUGUGAUUCCAAGACUUGAAACUAUGGGAAGUCAGGAAAAGAGUGCCAUUAGUGUUAAUUCUCUUCUGAAUUCUGCAACUUCCCUCUCCCACUAUCUGAUUGUGAUCACAGCUAAGACCUGCUACAUGUAUUCAGUUUGCUUUAUUUUAACAUGAGUAUUCAGUUCCUGUACAUAUAAAAACUCUCCUAUAUGUCUUUUUGCUCUCUUCCUAUGACCUCCUCUAUCAUUGAAUAUAUGAAUAUACUGAUAUAUUUGUGCAAAUGUGUGUUUUUUGUAAGGAAUAAACAAUGUGACCCUCCACAUCCUUUUGGAAUUUUAUUUGUGUGUGAGAAAACUGUAACUGGUGAAUGGGCUAGCAUGAGUAUCUGGACUCUAGCACCAGGCCUAUGCAGGAAAUUAAAAGUACUAUUGAUGUUUGUUGUUAAUUUCUUUUUUCUUCUAACUUGUUUUAAAAAUCUUUUUAACUUUUUAUGGUGUUAUUGUUUGGCUUUGUUUUUCUAUCAUUGUAAACCAUUGCAAUGUAUUUCUUUGAUACGGUGGUAUCCUGUAUACGGUAACUAUUUUUAUAACUAACUAAAUAGAUAAAUGUACUUCUCUGUUUCACUUGGACCUUAUUUUUCUAGUGUGCAGUUUCAUUUUUGCUCUUGCUAAUGCCUUUCUGUUUCACAGUAAUGCCUAUCUAAUCACAUUAUGCCUGUUCACACACUCUUGCUUAGUUACUCAAUUGGCAAAUCAUGCUUCUGCUUUACCUUGAUGUUUCAUGUUAUGUAAACAUGAUUUGUGCCAGCCUCUAUAUAUGUAGAAACAAGGGCAGAAAUAGACCAAAGCAUGUGAGUUUAAGGAAAUUCUCCACUCAUCUUGGCACCUGGCUACAUUGCUAAUGCAAUAGUGAUAACUGAGAAGGUUCAUGUGAUCGUAGUUCAUGUGAUUGUUUUACUGUCCCCAUAGAUCUCAAUGAUCUCAUUUUAAUGGCUUUCUCAUUAUUGCUCUGUUUAACUUGGCACGGCACCUUAUAAACUUUUUACAACCUUGGAUGACUCAUAUUGCUUCAGCUUCAGAGCUGGAAACAUGGCAUGGCAAAUUCCACUGACUUCCAAAACGCAGUACUGUGAUUACCACAAUCACUGAAUUUAUUAGGCAGGGAAAUUUAAGUGGCAACAUAAGGUGAGGGGAGAUUUCUUUUAAAUAAAGGUGCACAUAUUCUUUGGAGAGUAUGGGACCCUCAACCCUUUGCAUUUUAUGCUCAAGUCAAGUUGCUGCCUGUGAAGAAUGGUAUGUUGGGUUUUUCCAGAUUCCUCCUUGUCCUUGGGUACCCAAGAUGGGGAAACCAAAUACCGUAUGUCCCUUUCCCACUAAAUUACCUUUUUUACUGUUCUGACUGUAUUUUAGUGUGCUGUAAGCUGUCCUGGGAUGAUCCAUUUUAUGAAGGGAGGGAGGGACAGAAGUGAAAUAAAUGGGGCCCAAUCUCCAGGCUGGUUUAUGUGAGCCAAUCCCACCAAAAUGAAUAGAAGAUAUGCAAGAGCUUAUUAGCAUAUCUCAAGUUAAUUUCAGUGGGGCUGGCUCACAAAAACUUACCCUCAGCACCAAAUGAAUCUGUGUCCUCAAAACCCCUAGCUGAACCUCAAAGUUGAGCUUUCUGGAUUUGGCCAGAAGAUCCUCAGCCCAACCAACAUGACUUGUGAAUGGGCUAAUGUGGCCUUGUUUGUUCCAUUCAACCUUAUUCCUCACAGCCUGGCUUGCUUCGCUCAGGUUUAUUGUGUGUUCAGGUUUAUGUAAGUGUUAUGAAAUAUCCACUUCCUGUUUUGUGACUACAGCUGCCUGCCAAGUAUUAUGCCAGUUUAUGGUUCCAUAGUUGCUUUGCUGAAAAACCUCCCACUUCUCUUCCCAACCCCCUCCCAAGACUAUAAUCAGGAUGAGUUUAAUGGACAACCUAACAGGAGGUGAUGCUUGGUAUCAGUGGAAUGCCCCCCACAGUCCCUUAUUUGAUAUAGGUGCCAUUGUCACCUGGCAUGCGUAGAGUGCUUGAG